AUGACUAACAGUUGCGAAGGUUCAAGUGCGAGCACCUCAGAAACAUCUUCUUCGCUUACCCCCGUUGGGUCCGACACUCAGAAUGUUGUCUACUGGGGUCAGAACCGUGCCAGCGCUGUUAAGAAUAAUGACUUGUCCACCUACUGCAAGUCAGAUUCCGAUAUAGAUAUCAUUGUAUUCGCCUUCUUGAACCAGUAUGGAAAUGGCCAGACCAUUCCAUCUGGCUCAAUUGGCCAGUCAUGCUCCAUAUCAGCGUCUGGCGAGCCUCGGCAAUGUGACACCCUAGCCGCGGCUAUCCAGCAAUGUCAGUCAAAUAGGAUUAAGGUGAUAUUGUCCUUGGGUGGUGCAGUAGGCAACUACUCGCUCUCAUCCCAACAAGAAGCAGAGAUCAUCGGACAGAAUCUAUGGGAAGCGUAUGGCAAUACGGACGGAAGCAAUAUCCCCCGACCCUUCGGUAGCACCUUCGUCAACGGCUAG